AUUCCUCUCCUGACUCCCCUCUUUCUCCACCUGUGCCUCCUGUUGGUGGCUUUCGCGAAGAAACCAUCUCAAAGGAGAAACAAAAAUUCUUUCGUUUAAAUUCGUUUUAUGGCAUUAAGGGCAGGGGGCCGCCAAGGUGUAAGGCAGAGGGGAGACCUGUACGGGAUAUUAGUUGUAGUUCUAGUAGUAGCGAAGACGACUCAUCGUCGGACAGCAGCGUUGAAAACGAAACGGUGAUUAAAUGCCAGCCUCGUACCUAUAAUAAUAAUACUACCACCGGCGCCGCUAAAUCGAGCGCAAACGUUGGAGGAUCCGGCGCCGGCGCCACCGCAGACGCGGCCGGAAAAUCCAAACCGUUAUCGACGAUAACGUCUAAUAGUGUCGCAAGCGCCAGCGCUCAACAAAAACGUGCGACGCCGCCGGAAAAGGCGAAAAAACCAUCCACCGGCGUCUCACCACCCAAGAAGAACGCGGUUACCAGCGCUCCGUUCAGUUCUUUGGGCUCGUCUGUGCCGUGCAUCACGUUCGGAGAUUUGGCCAAAAAGAACGCCUCGGAUCCGCCUGCUGCAUCAGCACCAGCACAACAACAACCACCAUCCGAGCUAACCAAGAGCGCUGGCGCUAGAAUGAAAACGACAUUAAGUAAUAGGCCUUCGGCCGCUAAGCAAUCCGUCGAAGAGGAUACCUCUUCGUCGGCGAAAAACUUCGCUCGUAUUUUCUCCGGUAAUAAUGGUAAUAAAUGUGCGACGAAUAGCGCUGGCAAACCGUUCGAAGAGAGAGCGCAGCCGUCGAUAGCGACGAUAAACGUACCGGCGCUGUCACCGGAGACGACGACGACCACCAAAACGUCGCGUAAAACCAGUAUUAAAGUUACCAGUUCGUUGAAAUCGAAAAAAUCGUCCAACUCGUCCGAUUCUUGUACUCGGUACCAAAGUAUCAAGCCUAGCAGCAGUAUUCUACCCCAGAAGUCACCCUCUUCUGAACGCGAACGCGAACCGAUCUCGGUCCAGACUAAUAAAAAUAACGCCACCAAAGAAAACACAGCCGAAGAGCUAUGGGGCUUCGCAGCAGCCGCCGCUCGUAAAGAGGUUACUCCGGUGUUACAUUUGGAUAAGGAAGGAGCACCCAGUUACCCAUCCUAUUCAGUGUACUUGUCCAAUAUGUGGAAUUCCACUCGCAAUCCGUUGCAAAAUAAUGUAAAUAGUUUGAACGGCGUUUCUAAAACGACGACGACCACCAAGCACGAAACCAAAACGUCAGCGCCGCCGACCAUGGCUUUAAAAAGUAUCGGCGGAGACGACUACUGCGUCUCCAAGUCAGAUCUGAUUGUAGACGAUGAAACGACGACGCAAUCGUUGUCAUCGUUAUUGUCUCGAUACGACGAUAAACUAUCGUUAUCGCUGAGCCCUUCUAAACUGGUGAAAAGCGCCGUAUUAUCUAAACAAUACGAACACGUCAGACGAAACAUGCUAUCGGCGUCGGCGUCGUCGCCGGCGACGAUGUCGACCGCAGCUGUAACGCCGCCUUUGCUGUACGUUAAUCAAUCGGGCGACGUAAUAUCCAGCGAUAAACGUACGAUAGAAAAAAAUCUAAUUGCGGAAGCCACUAAAACCCAACAUUUUCAAGUUUGCAGGCAUCUGAACCAUCUCUCUGUGCAAUCUGUCUCUGUGCCGCCAUCCCGGCCGUACAACCAAUCGGUGAUAAAUAGCAUGAGUAAAUUGCUAGCGGCUGAUUUACCUUCCGGUGUAACCCAUAAAGAUAUCGAACUUUUUCAAGAAGCUCAACGGCGAGCGAAAAAGGCAACUGAAUCGUUAGCUCAAGAAUCUGCCGCUGUGUUUGACUCGCCUUCACCGGGAUCGGCGUCCAACGAAGAACCAAGGUGUCCAGCUGCCAUCGAAUUCGGUAGAUGGGAAAUUAAAACUUGGUAUUCGUCUCCUUUUCCUCAAGAAUACGCUAGGUUACCAAAACUUUUCUUAUGCGAAUUUUGUUUGAAAUACACCAAAAGUAAGGCUGUUGUUGAAAGGCAUCAAGGAAAGUGCACGUGGAAGUUUCCUCCAGGAACUGAAAUUUACCGGAAAGACGAUUUAUCGGUGUUCGAGGUGGAUGGAAACACGAGUAAAAUUUACUGUCAGACUUUGUGCCUAUUGGCUAAGCUAUUCUUGGAUCACAAAACGUUGUAUUACGAUGUCGAACCGUUCCUGUUUUAUGUUCUGACUCAAAAUGACCGAAAGGGUUGUCAUCUAGUCGGUUAUUUUUCAAAAGAGAAACAUUGCCAGCAAAAAUACAACGUGUCUUGUAUCAUGACGUUACCACAAUAUCAGCGAAAAGGCUACGGUAGAUUUUUAAUUGACUUCAGUUAUUUACUAUCGAGAAAAGAAGGCAAACCCGGUACUCCUGAGAAGCCAUUAUCAGAUUUGGGUCAAGUUUCCUAUCACGCUUACUGGAAAUCGGUGAUUUUACAAUAUUUCCACGAUCACAAAAAUUCAAAAUCUACCAGCAUCGAUGAUAUAAGCGAAGAAACCGGUAUUAUGAGCCAUGACAUCGCGUAUACGAUCCAAUCGCUAGAUAUGGUCAGGCAAUUAUCAGACGGUAAAGUGAUUUUUGUCAUGGAUUGGCCGAUGAUCGAAUCCUACUGCGAGAAAGCUGCCCAAAGUAAAACACGUAUACGUAUCGAUCCGGAACGAUUAAUAUGGACACCUUUGAUAUCGCCCAUUGCCACUAAACAAUUCAAAGAGGAGAAACACGAUAAAGACGAAGAAGACGAACCGGAACCUGUUAAACAGAAACCGGAACGAGCCGAGAGUAAAACAUCGGCCAGUUCAUCGAAAUUACCGCAGCAGAAAAAACAAGCACCCGAAUCGACGCCUAAAAUCGGUAAAAAACGUAAAGCUGUAGUGCUAAAUGCUCCACCAGAAACUCCCGCUCCAAAGAAACGAACAUCGAGAUUACCACCGGUCCAAGAAGAGAAAAAACCAGAACCCGAAGAAGAGACAGCCGAACAACGUGGUAAAAAGAGAAGAAAAAUUUCCUACUUGGAAAUGUCCAAAAUAAGCGAUGAAAAACCAACUCCGGCUCCUGCUCCUGCUCCGGCUCCGAAAUCGAGUCGAUUGAGUACGGUAAAAGCUCAAGAAUCGACAUCAGUUCCCGAUACCCCCAAGUCGACUCCGUCACGAAAAACCAGCAAAGAUAGCAAAAAAUCCGAUACGCCUGUCAAGAAAGAACCAGUCGUUGAGAAAAACCCUUCACCGGAAGAUGACGCAACGAAUCGUCGAACCAGUCGAAGACUGAUAAAGAAAACACAAGAAAACGAACAAAAGCAAGAGUCGAGUAAAACGAAAACGAAAGAAACGCCGAAAGGAAAACAGAAAGAAAGUCAAAUCAAGAAAGAACCACCAACGACCGGAAGGCCUCCUAAAUUAACCAGAAUGAAAAAAGAAGAACCGGUCAAAAAACCUACGCCAGUUCCAGUUCCGGUUAAAGAAAUCGCACCGCCGAAAGAAAACGACAAAGAACCGGUUGUAAUUAUACGUAAAAAGACGCCGAUCAAGAAGAAAGCGAAAUCAGCGUUGAAAAAACAACAUUCGUUGGCAGCCAAGAAACGAUGGAUUGCCAGGAAAGCGAAACAGGAAGCUAAGAAGACUAAAAGUACUACCGAAGAAAGCCCUAUGGAAGUGGACGAUCAAAUGCCGCAGUUAUGUCCUGUUACCGAAGUAGAGACCGAAAACCAGAUUUAUAAUAAUCCUCCAGUCUUAGAUAAGAAACCCGAAUCCGAUUCGCACGAUGAAGAGCUCCCUCCGCCUGCGACCGUCUUUGUCGAAAUGAAAAGCGAAAAACACGAUGAAAACGACGACGAAAAAGAUGGAAACGAGAAAACCGCUCCUGAAAACCCACCGUCGGCGUCGGGCAAUGACGAUUCGUUCAAAAUUGAGAAAAUGGAUACUUCCGAAGAGAACACCGACACCCAUGACAAAGAAACCCCUUCGUCAGAUAUCCCGCCUACGAACCAAGACGACGUAAAUUUUCCAAAAUCUCCUGCUCCAUCGCCUAGCACCAAAGAUGGAGACAUGGAUUCGUACUCGUGCGGUGAUCGCAUGCUGCAAAUGUCCUCGAAUGCGUAUUCUCAAUCGUCGUCGUCUCAGUCGCCUUCUUCGUUACCGUCGACUCGAUCGGCUGUGUCGCCUCAGCCUCUGACACCUUCGUCGACCGACUCGCAUAUGUCUCGCGAUAAAAGCCCAUCGCCUCAUAGAGAUACGAGUAAAAUUGAGAACGAAACAUCGUUCAAGAAUACUUCGAUGGAGCCCGAAUCCGGCGCUGAUUUGAAGUCACCCAUUAACGAACCGGAACCUGAACCGGAGAUGAACAAUGUGUCCAGUAAUAGCGUUAAAUCAGAGCCAACCGAAGUAAAAAACGAACAAGACGAACAAAAACAUUCGACGGAUGAGAUCAAACAGGAGAAGAGUGAGGAAAAGGACACUGAAAAAGAAACCGAAUCGAACGUUACCAGCAUCACGAACGGUGAAAACUCCGUAGCCGAGGUGAAGAUCCCACCUUGCACACCAGUCGCAGACCCGGAGCAGUCAAAAAACGCGAUGAACCCGGCGGCCAAAACCGAAACGCCUAGAAAGCCAUCGUUGCACCCUCCAACCUUGGAACCAAUCACGCUGCCGGAAGCGGCACCGUCGGCGGCGCCUGGUCACCAACCGAACCAUUCGUCUGAGCCGUCGGGUUCGCCUUCGCUUUGUCCUUCUCCGCGAAUGACGCGGCCAUCCACGCCGAAGACCGACUCGCCGCAACCUCCGUCAUUGGCUCCAAUUACGCAGCUAACAUCGGCCCAGUCGCCGGCACCUGGUCAUCAAUUGAACCAGCCCUCUGAGCCGUCGGGUUCGCCUGCUUCGCGAAUGCCGGCUACACCAAAACAUGAUCAUCAAGAAGUUCACCGUUCGAGUACACCGUCGCCGCUUACGUCCAAUAAUAAUAAUAUAUCUGUUGUACAAAGUAUGCCGGAACCACCGGCCCGAUCUAGUCAUGAUUCCGAUCCUACUCCUGCAUUACCUGUCGUCACCCCAGCAGCUGCGAUUCAGUCGUCUGCUGUGAAUAGCUCGCCUCCUGGUACCGUAGGACCUGUGUAUUCGCAACCUGCUCUACCUAAUAAUAACAUCAAUAAUCACGACGAACAUCGUAGUAAUAGCACCUUUCGUAAAGUAACCAGCUAUUACGGUAAUCAGUAUUCUUCGGUUGAGAAACCUGUAUCCGAUAAGAUGAUCGGAUCGGAGAAGUAUAGAUAUCCCGGUGACGAUAAAUCACCUACUAAAGAUAAAGUCAGCCAUCCGGAUAUGAACGUUGCGGCUAAAAGUUACAUUAACCCGAUGCCACCGAACGCCGGCCAAAUGCCAUACGGUUCGUUCCCUCCGCCUUUUCUGAUGGGAACCGAUAAAAUGGUGAAUUUCGCCGAUGGCCGAGGAUAUCCGGCACCGCCGCAUCAUCCCCAUCAUCAUAACAUGGUAAACAUGCAUCACGAAUUCACUUCGCAAGCUGCUAUGAAUAUGGCAGCGGUUACAGCAGCGGCAGCUGUCGCAGCAGCUUCUUCGAAACUCGAUCACACGCAACAGCAACAUCAGCAGCAGCAGCAUCAACAACAACAUCAACACCACCAACAACAAUUACAGCAUCAGCACCUGCAGCAGACGCAGUCGGAUAAAUAUUCGAAAAGCAAAAGACUGAAAUCUACUAGUCCUGUGAAACUGAAAGAGAAAUGUAUCGAUUCGAUGUCGUCGUCGCUUCCUCCCGGUCACGUUAUCGGCGGCAAUGGCGAGCUGCCAGGCUCGGUGAGGAAUAACGGUAGAAAAAAUCUCGAACAGGCUGUAACGAAAGUGAAAAAAAUGGCUCAUGGGGCCGACGAAGAGAUUAAAUUCAAAGAACGCUCGAAAUGCGUCGGUAAGGAUAAAAAAAGCGCCACUAAAGCGCCUCUGUAUUCGUCGAACGGUGUCAUAGAUACGUCUUCGCCUGCGGAAAUGGCCGCAGCUGUGUCCAAAAUGCAGGAAGAAAUGAAGUACAGAGCGAUGCGUCGAGAUGAAGAGCAUAUGAAUGCAGCCGCUGCCUCUGUGACGAAUAUCGAUUCGGGGCAGCAUUUCAUCAGCGGUGGAAUGAUGAUGAAGCAGCCUAUACCUUCGCCUCACGGGUCGGAUAGUCGUAUGGGAGUUUAUACGCCGGAUUCGACUACCAACUCGGUGCAUUCGGUGCAUGGAUACGGCGGUCAGUACGAUAUGGAUGGAGCCCAUUUGAAUAUCGAGUCGCCUAAUUCGAUUUCGUCCAACGAUAUGAACACCUCGUCCGGUCCAGAGUCGAUAACGAGACCGCCUUCGACGUCGUUACCGUCGAUGCAUCCGAUGUACUUCGAUCAACCGCAGAUGUUUUUGCAUCUGCAGCAAUCGCAUCAGGUUCACGGGCUGUCUCAGUUGCACGCUCAAGGUCCGAUGCCGAUGAUGUCGCCUCAUGUGAGCAAAUCGUCUUCGUCGUCGUCGUCGUCGCAGAGUAGAAGUAAGAACGCCGGUAGCAACGUUAAUCAUCACCAUCAUCAUCAUAGGAAUAAAUCGGUGGGCGGUGGAGCAGGAGGAGGCGGUAGCCAACAACCCCAACAUAAUAAUACCGCUAACGGUAACAUGAGCGGUAAUUCUAUUCAUCACAGAUCGACUCCUCCAUCGAUCGCAAAUCCUCACAGUCCGAUUAAUCCAGGAUUCGUGGUCGGCGGUGGUCUGAACACGACUACGCCUAAUAACAGCGUCUCGCCUGCUCUAACUCAUCGUUCGACUCCUCCGGUCGUCAAUCACCAGCCAUCGGCUCAAAGCAGACAUCACCAGAUACCAACCGCGUACUCUCACGGCCAUCACGCGGCGGUUAUUUCGCAAAGUGGGUACUUGGGUGUGUCGCAGAUGCCCACAGGAUCGUAUCCGCCCAGCGUACCGGUCACCACGGUCAUACAUAACCGAAUGACUGCUUCGGAGCCGCCACCUUCGUCUCAACAGAGACUCGGAUCGUCUCCCUGUUCGACUUCUUCGCCUACCGGGUUCUAUAUCCAGACGCCGAUGCACCAUUCACCUCAUAUGCAUCCGGCAACGUCCAUCUGUUCGACAUCUCCCUCAUCCGGGCCAGCUCCGCCAGGCUGCGGUAGUCGCAGCAUGCAAAACACGCAGCCAGCCAAUCCUGGCAGCUUGGCUAAACUGCAACAGCUCACCAACGGUCUGGAUGUACUGCCUGGACAUUGCAGUAGCGCCGGUGCCGGACCAAUGACCCCUUCUUCGCCCAUAAAUCUAACGCCACCGCCGUCUGUGUCGUCGUCUCAUGUGAACAUGUCGACGCCUCCGGGAACUCAUCAUCUUACCUCUCAAAAUUACAAGUUAUUCGCCCCCGGUCAAAAUAUACCACCGCCGCCUUCGCCUUCGUCGUCUUCGACACCGGGAGCUUCGACGAAUGCGCCGUCCCCUGCGCCUUCUUCGGCUAGUAAUUAUAGAUCGUCUCGAGGAGGCGGUGGCGGUCAUCACGGGUCGGCUAAUUCGAGCGCAGCUAGAUCCACGAUGAGUGCCAAUGUGGCUAUUAAUCCGAUGAUGAGCCGGUACAGCGGUAGCCCGUACGGUUACCAGAUGGCCGGGCAACCGGCUCCGACAGCACAGACGUUGAGUUAUAUUACGAACGGAGCGUCGUCUGCGUUCAUUAACCAGGGCCAGAUACCCGUUAGGAUGGGGGUAAUGAACGUGGCUGCGGCACAGAAUCAGUACGGUCAAGAUCCGACGCAGAACUCGAUGUAUUCGGCGGCCGCGGCUGCCUUUUAUAAUCAGAGUUUCAUACGGUAACGUUUAAUUAAAUCCCUAUGUCUGUGGAUUAAUCGCUCGAAAAUGCGCAGGCAAAACGGCUUAGAUCAAAAACUCGAUAAACAAAUGUCUUCGAAGAUGAAUUGCCAAUCGUCUGGCACGACUACGAGAGCUGCGAGGUGAAAGCGUUUAGAUUUCUAUGUUUCUAUUCUACGCAACGAUUUAUUUUUCGAACUGGUGAGGAAUGUUUCAAAUUUUUCGAACCAGUAUGAAAAAAAAUAGCUUAUCCUGUCUCGUUGCUCGAUAAUUGAGGUGUUAGUCUCGUUUCUCCCCGACCGAGUAUCCGAUUCUUUUUCUAUUUUGGUGUAAGGGUUCAGAGAGUACGUACUCUGAUCUCUGGCGUAUUUUUUUGUCCUUCGUUGAAAUAGAUGAUAUAAUACAUGAAUUUAUCUUAUGAACUACAGUAUUUAAGCAUAGGUAGAGUUGAAUUGAUAUAGUCUUGAUUUUAUUCGAAAGUGAUUUCAUUUACUUGUUCUUUUUUUUGGGGGGGCUUAUUCGGAAGAAAUGUUUUUAAAAAAACCAUUUUCAACGAUCUAGAUGAUUAAUCAGGAGUAAUUCAGUAAUGAUUUUUGAGACCGGUUUCUUUCAUCGAUUCGACUACAUAUAUAGUGAAUUCGUCGUAGGAAUUUUUUUUCACUCAAGUGUGUUCCGUAUUUACCUGUUUCUUUUUUCUUUUUUUUCUAUAUAUCGAUGGCAUUUAUUAGAUUAUGCUGGAUUUUUAACUUCUGUUUUAUUUUUAUUUAUUUUUUCAAUAUUUUUUUGAGCAUGUGAUUUAUUUAUUGUUUGUCUGUUUUUAAUUUUUGAGCGUAUACAAAGUGUUCUUUUGAUAAUUUCUGCAAAAUAUACCUAUUACCUAAUACAAUUUAUACGGAUAAUAAAGUCUAUCUACGCCUAUAGCUUUGAGCAAAAAAUAAUAAAGACUCUAGAAGAGUAUUUAAGCUGAUUCUUGAAAAAGAAAGCGAAAAAAAAACACUUGUAAACUUGAGUAGUCGUUUUGUGUUUUUGUAGUGUGCGAGUGAUUUUGUAUUACGAUGUUCUGAGCAUAUUUUAAGGAAAAACAUGGUCUAAAAUUCGUUCGGUUGUACGACGAAGUACUAAAUUAUUAUUUAUUGUGUUACUAUGUUCGACUAUUUAAUUGCGUAUACCGAUGUAAGUUGUUUUAUUGUAAUUUUAAACUUUAAUUUUAUCCAUAAAAUCUGUCGAUGUAAAUAUAGUGUGUCUAUUUUGAACAGAUGUAAAUGUAUUUGCACAUAUGUAUAAUUUACGAUUAAAUGAAGUUAUAAAAUUAA